AUGACGAAUCUAGCUCUGAAGCAGACUGGGUUUGCGAAGAUUAAUCUUCCAGCAAAAGUGACGCCAAGGGCGCAGAAGAUCCUGUGGAAGAAGCAGCAAUUCUACGGCAGCCUUUGCAAGGAUGCCAGCCACUUUCAAGGUCAGGAAGAAACAUUGCUGCUGCUCCUGCUUGACAUCUCCUCUCAGUGUGGUGUCUCCUUCGUAUCUCCUCCGAGCGCAUCGUCCUUCCAGUUGACCUCCAGAACCUCCCUACACGCCAUCGGGGAUGACUUCUCCAUUGAUGUCCAGUCAGUGUGGGAUGAUGUGUGGCUACACCUCAAACGCUUCCUGGUAGACAAACUGCAGUGCAGCCAGGAGGUGGGUCACCAGCUCCAUCACAGGGUGGCCUUCAAGACACAGUGUCUCCAGCAACUUCUACUCCUCUACCCGGAGUCUUUGGUCCUGUCAAAGUACCAGAGCAUCCAGAGCAAAGCAGUGCAGGAUCUCCUGCAGAACUCUGUGCUCUCCGGCCCUGGAGAAACCAAUUUCGACAAACUGGUCCAAGCCCUCCAGACAGGCAUCCCUUCUAUCUGCUCCAUGAUCAAGGAAGAUCUGCAAAAGCUCAACGGAAUUAUGGAGCCUUCAAUGACCCUAAAGUUUCUUAACGAAACAUACCUCUCCAACGUUACUGACGAGUUUUCCAUUCUGAUUGAGAAGAUUUGUGACCUGCAGUUUAAAGAAAAUUUCUGCACUGACAUCAUGGAAGAACUCGACACGUUUCUUCCACUUGCCCUGGUGUGCCGAGAGGACUUUCUGCAGGAAAUUAGAGCAAACUUUGUGGAGGUCUGCAGCAAAGUGACAGCAGCUGUUCUUACAAGGCUGGAGGAGAGGAGUAAGGAGGUUCCCUUGAAAUCGCCCUUUCAAAACCUGCACACCCUGCUCUCCACUGCCAUCCAUGUCCUCCAGCGUUUGACCCAAUAUGAGGCCAGGCUGAAGGAUGCUAGCUGCAAGCCCCUCUUCCCUCUACCAUUCCAGCGGUACCAGGAAUUGAUCAGCGCCCUCCAGGAUCAAGUUACCAGCUACUGCGUCACAGUCUGCGCCACAAGUAUCCUGCAGGAUCCCAAAAGCCACCACUGGGGUGACCCCAAGGUUUUUUAUGAGGGGGAGAGGUGCUUGUUUUCCAUCCAGAUGUGGCACUGCUACCUUUCAGCUCUGCGGCAUGAUCUCUGGAAUGUGCUUCCCCCCAGUCUUGCCCAGGAGAUCCUAGCACAGGUGCUGAGCCAGACUUUGGAAAUAUUAGUACAGAGGUACUCGCAGGAGUGCCCGACGUAUAGGAGGACCUUACAGAUCAGGUACUGUGGCUACUCCAUACUGCUGUGCACGGAGAACCUGAUCUGGUCGCUGUGUAGUACAAGAGAGGAGCGGCUUCAUCCAAGCAGAGAUAUCUGUCCCUGGAUCUCUUCUAUUCACAGCCACUGCAAUCACCUGCUUACUGCGCUGGCCAUUGUAACGUCAUCCCUGCACAGUCUCUUUGAAUACGUUUUUGUUUAUUCCAGAAAACCAGAGACAGAGGUCCUGAUGUGUCUGAGACUCAUUGUGACCAAGUCCAUCAUGAGUGCAGUGAACCAGAUAAUGUCCAUGGUGUACGCAUGGCACGCGGCUGAGCAUCAUGGGACAUGCCAGCAUAGACACAUGGCUCCUGAGAGUCUGCUGAAUAAAAUCCCCAAGGACUGGAAUUAUUUACACCAAGAAUUGAAAAAGAAGGAGCCUGGAAAAAAAUUGGACAGAUGGAGCAAGUUGAAACUGGGAUUGCUGAGUGAGUGUCUGCAGAACAUUGUGGGGCAGCAAAAGGGAACCCCUCAAACCAGAGUGCAGAAGAUUAUCCAAAAUAUGGAGGUACAGAGGCCGCAAUGGAUAAAGGGACAGAUACAGAAAGCAAGGAAGCUGUGCACUAAAGGGGCUUUUGAACCAGCAGAAAGCACUGUCGUGCAAGAGAAAGGGAGCGGGCCUGAAUUGACUGAGCAGAAAAUAGGCAUGAUGGUCCUGGAUAUCUGCCACAAACCAGGUGGCAGCGAGUACCUGAGGCAAAUUUAUCACAUCAUCCAACUCAAUGAGGUGGGAAAUGCAAGAAGCAGCCGCACUUGAAGAUGAAGAGAAGACCCUGG